GAGAAUUUCCAUCAAUGAGAACGUUGAUUUUGCAUAAACAAUCACACCAACAAGUUGAAUUGACGCUGAUCACCGGCCCGUGAAUCUAUUCACAUUUUCCUGUACUUGUUUUUUCAGCCUGAGAAGUAGCUGCCAACAACACCAAUGCUUGUACAUCAACUAACACUAUUUACGCCAUUUUCAUACGUAAUUCUUGGCGAAAUUAUACCAUCUCGAUCGGGGAAAAUGAGGUUAAAAUUCAAGACGCUUGUUAUGCUCUCGUUAAGCGUUGGCUUGGUAGCGCUUGGUGGAUAUUUUUACCGGGGGAGUGACGGGGAAGGAGAUUACAACGGCCGCUUGUCUGCUCAAGGACCGCUUGUUGGCGAUGACUUUGUUCGCGUGCCCGGCCAUGUACGGCAGAAACAAGACGUAAAGAAGCAUCGAAUGCAUCGAGUUAUUGAAGAUGAAAUCAUGAAAAAUGACAUGAGCGAUAAAGGACAAGGAAAGAAACACAGGAUAGAUGACAAAGUGGAGGAAAAAGUCCCGCCGCCAGCACCAAGGAAAGUGAGAAAGGUUUUCCCGGACCCGAUUAGUUUGAAACCACAGGGACCGAAGGCGAAGCCAGAUGGUGAAAGGCAAAACCUCCCCCAUGGAGUCCCCAUCAAAGAAAAAGUCCCUGAACCCCCCGUGCAACUGCCACAGCCCCCAGGAAAUGGCCAACUCCACCGCCAACAAGCGCCUGAACCCCCUGCUCAACCAGCCCAACCACCUGCACAAAAACAAGCCCAACCAGCCCAACCCCCAGGGAUAAAUGACAAGCCCCGCCCCCAGGACAUCGAUCAGCCCCGCCCAGGCCAAGAAACCGCGAAGAUCAACCAAGCCCGACUAGAAGCAGCAAAACAAAAACAGAUGGCAUUGAUGGAAAAACUGAAGCAAGAACAGUCCCAGCAUGCAUCACAGCAUAAACAGGAAGUCAACCAGGCAGUGGAUUCUGGGAAGCAGCCAGGACCCGAUUCUGUAAUCAAUCUGUCCGUGGUAUGCUGUGGGGACAGGACGGAUGAAACGGUCGUGAUGUUGAAGACGGCGACCAUUCUCACUCAACAAAACUUGUAUUUUCAUAUCUUUGCCGAGGAUAAUCUACAGGCCGGUAUUGCACAGAGGUUGGAGGCAUGGCCUGCUGUUUACCGUCGCAAGAUUCAAUUUGAUCUCCGCCCGAUAUCGUUUCCACCCGGAGAAGACCCCGAGAAGUGGAAAAAGGUCUUUAAGAUGUGCGCCACCCAGCGACUCUUUCUACCCGAUCUCCUACCCCAUGUUGAUUCCUUGCUCUACGUGGAUACAGAUAUCCUGUUUAUUCGUCCGAUAGAGGAGAUUUAUAGUUUCUUCAAGCAAUUCAAUUCUACACAGAUGGCAGCCAUGACUCCCGAGCACGAGGUCAAGAAUAUUGGAUGGUACAACCGUUUUGCAAGGCAUCCGUACUACGGAGAAACGGGAAUGAACUCUGGUGUGAUGCUGAUGAACCUUACCAGAAUGAGAGAGUUUGGUUGGACUAAGAAGAUUGUUCCUAUCUAUCAUGAAUAUAAACUCAAAAUCACGUGGGGAGACCAAGAUCUUAUCAACAUUGUCUUCCAUGACUAUCCACAGGGGCUGUUCCCGUAUACAUGCGAAUGGAACUAUCGACCAGACCACUGUAUGUACUCUAACAACUGCCGCAGGACAGACGAGCACGGGAUAGCCGUUAUACACGGCAACCGAGGCGUCUAUCAUAACGAAAAGCAGCCCGCAUUCAGAGCUAUCUAUGAGUCUUUUAGAGAUUAUACCUUUGGAGCUGACCUGGAAAUGGGUUUAAUCCAGCCUCUCACUCAGCAGCUGAACCAGCCCAGCCUGGCUAAAAAUUAUUGUGCACAAGCAGUCUUAUUACCAGUCACUUCAACGCUAAAAAAAUAUGUAAACAAGGUUAUUCCUAUCAAAACACCUGUUUGAUAAAGCCUACGCGUGCAGGUGAAAGACUGCAGUGUUGUGUUGGUAGUCUGUAUAACAGUCACUUCUACGGUGAGUAGGCGAUCGGAUUGGGUUGUUCCAAUCUAAACUUCUGUAUUAAUGAGCCUACUAUUUGAACAUGUGAGUCACCAGUGUAUGCAGGAAGUCACCGCAUUGACAUGGUGGCCUUUCACCUGGAGGUUUUUAGGUGGAGAUUCCGGAUUUUCCGAAGGGGAUGCAUAUUGUCCCCAAAGUUGAUAAGCGUAAAAAAGGGGUCAUCAAUUCCAAUUGAAGGUCUUUGGGGAUCUUCCCUUUUCUCUUUUUUGUGUCACAAUUUUAUGUGGAGCACCCAACUCCACCCCCCCCCCCCUCCGCAUCUGGCAUGUAUUUGGAAGCCAUCUGGAUAACAAUCCUAACAUACACAGUGCAGUAAGAGUGAUGGUCCUAUGCCACACAUGAGGCGAAUGUCUGCGAGAGAAGUUAUAGCAUUGUUCAAGGUAACACAGAUAGGCUGAGAUUAUUGAAUUUGAAGUGAUGUUAUGAUUUUGGAUUAGGACAAUAAUUGUAAUCUGCAUGAAUAUUCAUGAACACAAAUCGUGUGGUUGAAAUCAAUGAAGCAGCCUACAUGAAUGUUUGAAUUAUUCAUGAACACAAAUUGGGUGGUGAAAUCAAUGAAACAUGGUGUACAUGAUUAUUCAUGAACAUAGAUCGUUGAAAUUGCAUGAAUAUUCAUGAACACAAUUCGUGUGGUUAAAAUCAAUGAAGCAGCCUACAUGAAUGUCUGAAUAUUCAUGAACUCAAAUUGGGUGGUGAAAUCAAUGAAACGGGUACUGCAUGAAAGUUCAUAAAGACAUGAAAUCAAUGAAGAAUAUGGUCUUCAUAAAUAUUCAUGAACGCAAAUUGUAAGGUGAUGUCCAUGAAAUAUGGUUUGCAUGAAUGAAUAUUCAUGAACGCAAAUUGUAUGGUUAACAUCAAUGAAACAGCCUUCAUGAAUGUUUGAAUAUCAUGAACACAGAUUGUGUGCUGAAUAGCAAUGAGACAUGGACUGCAUGAAUAUUCAUUAAUACAGAUAGUAUGGUAAAGUUACAUGAAACAUGGUCUGCCUGUUUAUUCAUGAACACAAAUUGUUUGUUGAAAUCGAUGAAACGUGAUUGUUGAGAAGCUCCUUGUACAGUUCAAUACAUGUUUCUGUUAUGGGAUGAUAUGCAACUCAGUGGAGAAGUCUGUAGCAAUGUGAAAAGUCAUCUCAAUAGAAACUGGGCCUAAAAGGCACCAGUAGUCUGUGUAGCAUGCAACAUGAUUGUACGACCAGAGUCCUGAGCCCCUUCUUACAAAGAGUUA